UUGAGCUUUUAUUUUCAAUGGUUACUACGUAGUCGUGAUGUGUUUUGAAUGGUAAACAUGAAACAAAUGUCAGAACGUCUCAAUGGAAGCAGAAAGCAUUAGUUUGCGGUCCUGGAACCAGGCUUUCCUGGUGGGAAAUCUGGAGGGAAAUCUGCCCCUGCAUCGCACCCCGACGAACAGAGAGCUUUUAAGCGCUCUUUUGCACCGGAAUCGAUACAACAAGCUUUCGAUCAAGAAUGCCGCCUUGGAAAUCUCCCGGUUGGCGGAAAGUGCUUUAAAUGCCCAUUUGCAAGAUUUGUACGACACUUGGAGAGGACUUUACAAGCAAAAAUCCCGAACCACUUCGAAAUCGGAGGAGGAUAGAAUCAUUUCACAACGGAACUAUCGCCUGCUUGUCAUCUCGUCCGAUCUCGCCAGCUCGACAUCGAGCGUGGUCCUGUCCAAGUCAACGUCAAGCAACAAGUCCGAUCUCGCCAACCCGUCAUCGAGCGUGGUCCUGGCGUCAUGUGCAAGAAAAGUUUAUGGAGCAGCACCGGAAAAGGACAAACUGCUGGAGAGUAUCGGAACAUCCAACGCCAUCGAAUUCCACCGCAAGUGGUAA